CUAGCAACGAUCCUUCCCUAGUCUCUUCCCUUUCUCUAUCUUCCCCACAUCCUUUAUCUCCAUCUCCAUUCUUUGUUCUUGUGGAAGUCUCUUUCCUUUAAAUUCAAGCUUACCAAAAGCCUGUCUUUAAGAUCAAAUAUUCUUGGUCUCUUGUCUUUCAAUUCCCCAAUUAUAAUCCGGGGUUUUGCAAGCCCCUCUUGUUCUUUUCAUCUUUCGGACUUCCUUCUUUCCUGAAGGGGUUUUUAGCUAAGAUUCAUGUUUAAUUUAUUCUCCUUAAUGUUUGAAAUACAUGUCUCAAAUUCUUAGUGAACUGUUUACUUCCGGGUGUAUGAUCAAUUCCACUUAUUGGCGCAGAACCCAUCUUGUUCAAUCUUUCUCAGUUGUCUUCCUCUACUGGUUUUAUUACAUUUCAUGAUUCUUCCUCUAUAAACUAACCCCUAUAUAAAUCUAUCGUUCUAUAUCUAUCUAUAUUUAGAUCUAUAAGUAAUCAAAUAAUUAAACUAAAGCUUAAUUACCAUCUGGGUCUUGUCAUUUCUCUCUCAAAAUCUUCAGUUUCAAGUUUCUUGGUUAAAGUUUCCACUUUUAGUGAUUUUCAUGGCUUCCUCUAGUGGCACAACGACGUCGUCUGGUGGUUCAGAUCUUCAAGGAGAAAUGGAUCAAAGGAAAAGGAGAAGAAUGAUUUCUAACAGAGAAUCAGCAAGAAGAUCGAGGAUGAGGAAGCAAAAGCACAUGGACGAUUUGAUGACUCAGCUGAGUCAACUCAGGAAGGAGAAUAACCAGGUAAUGUCUAGUAUCAGUAUGAUCACACAGCAUUUUAUGAGUGUGGAGGCUGAGAACUCGGUGCUAAGAGCUCAGGUGGCGGAGCUCAGCCAUCGGCUUCACUCUCUCAAUGAUAUCAUUGCCGUCAUGAAACAACCAAUUGACGCCGGAAGUGGGUUUGCGGAGGAACAGUACGUGGGAAGUGACACUGAGUUCGGCGACGAGUUUAUCAACAACUCACUGAGUUUUCUUUACGCCUGCCAACCUAUGUUGGCAUCUGCCGAAAUGAUUAUGUACUGAGUUGAAAGAAGUUUAGGAGCAAGGGAUAAAGUGGUCACUUUCUAAAUUUAUAAGGUCAAGGUGGUAAUUUUAGCAUGAAAUUCGGAAACAUCAUUGAUGGAAUUGAUUGAAUGAUGGGAUCAAAAUAUUGGCAUUUAUAGGGGAUAGGGGGAGGUGUUAUGUGUAUGUAAUCAUUAGGAUGUGAUGUUUGUUUUGUAAGUUUGUAUCUCUAAUGUAUGAGAUUGAUAAUGAUAUAAUUAAGUUCUAUAUAA